AUGAGAAUUGUAAUGUCUUCUUUCCUCUUUUUUGCAAUCCAAGUGUUGGUGUAUUACAUCCUCUCACAAACAAAUGCUCUUUCUUUAACUUCAUACACCGAUAAACUCUCUUUGCUUGCUUUGAAGGAAAAACUUACAAAUGGUGUGCCAGAUUCUCUGCCAUCAUGGAAUGAAUCUCAACAUUUCUGUGAUUGGCAGGGUGUUACAUGUGGCCAUCGUCACAUGAGAGUCACUGUCUUGCAUUUUGAAAAUCAGACAUGGGGUGGUACUCUUGGUCCAUCCUUGGGAAAUCUUACAUUUCUCAGAAUACUCAAACUUCAAAACCUCGCUUUGCAUGGUGAAAUACCAGCUCAGAUUGGUCGAUUGAAGCGCUUGCAAGUUCUUAACUUAAGAAAUAACAAACUUCAAGGAGAGAUUCCUAAAGAGCUUGCUAACUGCACAAAUAUCCAAGUACUGGAGUUGUUGGAAAAUCGGCUCACAGGGAGAGUUCCAAUAUGGUUUGGAUCAAUGAAGCAACUUACUACCUUGAUUCUCGAGUGGAAUAAUCUAGUUGGUACAAUUCCAUCUUCCCUACAAAAUGUUACAUCACUCCAAUAUCUAUCUCUCACAGAUAAUUACUUGGAAGGAACCAUACCUUAUUCUUUAGGUAAGUUGUCAAGUUUGACAUACCUGACUUUAGCUUUAAAUAAUUUGUCAGGUGAAAUCCCUCAUUCUCUUUACAACCUAUCAAAUAUUCAAUAUUUUGAUCUUGGAGAAAACAAAUUAUUUGGUAGUCUUCCAUCAAAUAUAAAUCUUGUUUUCCCCAAUCUUAUUGCAUUCUUAGUAGGACAAAACCAUAUAUCAGGAAACUUUCCGAAUUCAAUAUCCAACCUCACUGAAUUGCAAAGAUUUGUUAUAGGAGGGAAUUCUUUUAAUGGGCCAAUACCUCUCACUUUAGGUCAAUUAAAGAAACUUGAGGUCUUUAAUAUUGGCGUUAACAAUUUUGGAAGUGGAGGUGCUAGUGAUUUGGACUUUCUAUCUUCUUUAACAAACUCUACGCAACUGUCAACGAUCAUUUUGGGUCAAAAUAAAUUUGGUAGUAAGUUGCCCGACUUUAUAGGAAACCUUUCUAUCAAUCUCGAGUAUUUUGAUUUAAGCGAAAAUCAAAUAUAUGGAGAGAUACCUGAAAGAAUUGGGCAACUAAUUGGUUUAACAUACUUAGAUAUUGGAUACAAUUCCUUGGAGGGAGCAAUUCCAAAUUCAAUUGGAAAGCUUACUAAUCUAGUUAGAUUGGUUUUGGAAAAAAACAAUUUAUCUGGUAAUAUUCCUACAAAUAUUGGAAAUCUUACUAUCUUGUCUGAAUUAUAUCUUUCAGCCAAUAAAUUGGAAGGAAAUAUUCCAGUUUCCCUGAGAUAUUGCACCCAAUUGCAAAUGUUAAGUAUUAGUGAAAACAAAUUGAGUGGUGAUUUACCAAAUCAGUUAUUUAGACAUCUAGAUGGUUUAAUAUAUAUUGAAUUGUACAACAACUCUUUGACUGCUCACAUUCCCUCAGAGAUUGGUAACUUGAAGCAUCUUUCAAAAUUGUAUCUUGCCUCAAAUAAUUUGUCUGGUGAAAUUCCAAAGGAACUUGCUGCUUGUUUGACAUUAACAAGGCUUUGGUUGAAGGGAAACUUUUUUCAUGGAGAAAUACCAUCCUUUUUGGGCUCUUUAAGAUCCCUUGAAAUCAUAGAUAUUUCUAAUAACAAUUUCUCAAAAACAAUCCCUUUUGAACUAAAAAACCUUAUAUUUUUGUAUGUAUUGGAUUUAUCUUUCAACAAUCUCUAUGGGGAGGUUCCCAUAGGAGGUGUCUUUAGCAAUGUCACAGCAAUUUCCUUAAUUGGAAACAAGAACCUUUGUGGAGGUAUACCUCAAUUGAAGCUUCCAAGAUGUGUUAGGGCUUCUUCCAAGACAAACAAACAUUCUCUAAAAAGGAAAUUUAUCAUCAUCAGUGUAAUUGGCGGAGUUUUGAUCUCUUUCAUAGCUUUUACAAUUGUCCAUUUUCUCACAAGAAAGUCCAAAAAGUUACCUUCUUCGCCAUCUCUUCAAAAUAGGGCGCUAAGAGUUACUUACGGAGAGUUACAUGAAGCAACCAAUGGAUUUUCUUCAGCCAAUUUGGUAGGGACAGGAAGUUUUGGAUCUGUUUACAAAGGAUCUCUUCUCAACUUUGAAAGACCUAUUGCUGUAAAGGUGUUGAAUCUUGAAACACGCGGGGCAGUAAAGAGUUUCGUGGCAGAGUGCAAAGCUCUAGGAAAGAUGAAACACCGGAAUCUUGUGAAGAUCCUAACUUGUUGUUCAAGUGUUGAUUACAACGGUGAAGAUUUCAAGGCUAUUGUUUUUGAGUUCAUGUCUAAUGGGAGUCUAGAAAAAUUGUUGCAUGAUAAUGAAGGAUCUGAAAAUCAUAGUCUCAGUCUCUUACAAAGGGUAGACAUUGCUCUUGAUGUAGCCCAUGCGUUGGAUUAUCUUCACCAUGACGAAGACCAGGUUGUAGUUCAUUGUGAUAUUAAGCCAAGCAAUGUUCUUCUUGAUGAAGAUAUUGUUGCCCAUUUGGGAGACUUUGGUUUAGCUAGACUCAUUCAUGGAGCCGCCGAACAUUCAAGUAAAGAUCAAGUUAGUUCCUCAACAAUUAAAGGAACUAUAGGAUAUCUUCCUCCUGAGUACGGAGCAGGCGGUCCAGUAUCAUCGCAGGGAGAUAUCUACAGUUAUGGAAUUCUUGUAUUAGAAAUGCUCACUGGAAAGAGGCCAAUAGAUAACAUGUUUUGUGAGAAUGUAAGCCUACAUCAAUUUUGCAAGAUGAAAAUUCCAGAGCAAAUUCUUGAGGUAGUGGAUCAACGUUUGCUUGAGCCAUUUGUUGAAGAUCAAACAGGGAUUGUGGAAAACAAGGUUAGGAAGUGUUUGGUGAUGUUUACUCAAAUAGGAGUUGCUUGUUCUGAAGAAUUUCCUAACCAGCGGAUGUUGAUAAAAGAUGUUAUAGUUAGGUUGAAUGAAAUCAAAUCAAGGUUGCCAUGAUAUAAACAACAUUGCUACUGUGAUAAUAAUAUAAUUGUGUUCAUAAGAAAUCUUGAGUAGUCUUGUAUCCGUCAAAUGUUUUUUCUUGUGUUAGUUUGAAUUACAAUUUCUAUGUAUUUGGUUAAUAAUUUGUGUUUGUAAUAAGUUGCAUUAAAUGCAAGAUGUUGUUUGGAAAUAUUGUUAGUUAUAUGCAUAUUUAAC